AUGCCCGUUAUGUGGCACAUGUGGAUUGUAGCCGGAUCUGGCAAUGCUAAUUUCUACUUUGCCGUUACAUUGAUAUACAAUGUUGCGCAGAUCUACUUAAUGAUCGACUUAAUGUUCGCCUACUUCCGAAAAGAGGCAGAUGAGAUCUCAGCGUCAUUGGUAACACCAAAGACCAAUUUUGUACUUCAUUGA